GCAUGCAUGGUCCACACAUACCAUCAUCCCAUCCAUCCAUUUUCCCUCCUCCUCUUGAAUUUCGGAUCUCAAAACACGCGCCAUCACCACCAUCACCUUCACCGACAUCAUCCCCAUCAUCAUCAUCAUCAUCAUCAUCAUCAUCAUCAUGAGAUGAUCGUUCUUGUUAUAAUAAGAAGGUUCAUCAGUUGAAGGAGAAGGAGAAGGAGAAGGAGAAGAAGGAAGGAUGGGGACUCAUGGGAAGGGAUCGAGAGGGAAGCGAUCGCCGGCGUCGUAUGUCUCCACUGUAUCCAUGGUGGUCUUCGUUGCCUUCUGUGUUCUUGGGGUUUGGAUGCUUGCGUCGUCAUCCAUUGUUCCUACUUCUCACUCUCAGCCCACUGCUGCUGCGAGGCUCUCUACCUCGCGCUCAUUUCUCAAGGAUCCUCCACCGCGUUUUGAGGAUCAUCUCUUGGCGGAGGAGGAUGGGUGGCAAAGGUGGUGUUGGUGCAAGCUCAGCAACAUCAAGAGGAGCAGCAGCAGAGGGAGGAGAAGCAGCCAGAAAAGAGAGGAGGAGGAGGAGCAGGAGGUUGAGAUCCAGCAGCAAGAGAGCAAAGAGAAUCCUAACUUGGAUGGUGGAGUGGAUGAGGAGAGCCGGAAGCAAGUAGAUCUGGAGGAUCAGAGCUCGCAGCAGCAGCAAGAAGAGGAGCAAACUGGGGAUGAAAGUGGGAAUCAAGAGCAAUCACAGCAGCAGCAGCAGCAGCAGCAGCGAGAAGAUGAGCAAGUUGGGGCUGGAAGUGAGAAUCAAGAGCAAUCACAGCAGCAGCAGCAAGAGGAGGGGGAUGGGAAUCAGGAUGAUGGAAGCCAGGCUCAAUCCGAACAACAAGAGGGCAACAACGAGGAGCAGCAGCAGCAAGAACAACAAGAACAACAGGAACAGCAGGAACAGCAAGCUGAUUCUGGAGAGAAUGAUACUGCAUCGCAGCAGCAAGUAGAGGAGAAUAGCUCUAAUGGGGCAAAUGAUGAAACCCGGCAGCAGAACGAGGGAGAUGAGAAGCAGCUCAGUGAUCCCAAUGUCGGGGAGUCUAUUGCGGAUGGGGAUCGUUUGGAGGUCUCCAAUGAUAGUGAUGGGAACAAGAGGCCUUGGGCAACACAAGCUGACCAAUCGGAUAAUGAGAAGGAGAGACGCAAAGAAGAGGAAGCUGAUGAACAAGGGAAAUCUCAAUCCAAUGAAGGUAGUGAAGAUGUUCAGAAUUUAUUAGGGUAUGAAUGGGAGCUCUGCAAUGUCACUGCUGGUCCUGAUUACAUCCCUUGCCUUGACAACACAAAGGUCAUCAAGAAGCUUCAUAGUUUAAGGCAUUAUGAGCAUCGGGAGCGACAUUGCCCCGAGGAGCCCCCGACUUGCCUUGUUCCCCUUCCGAACGGAUAUAGAAGGCCCAUCGAGUGGCCUAAGAGCAGAGAUAAGAUAUGGUACAAUAAUAUUCCUCAUACAAAACUUGUGGAAGUUAAGGGCCAUCAGAAUUGGGUGAAAGUUGCAGGAGAGUACCUUACUUUUCCAGGAGGUGGAACGCAGUUCAUUCAUGGGGCUCUGCAUUACAUUGAUUUUAUUCAACAGUCUGUGCAUGAUAUUGCUUGGGGGAAACGUACAAGAGUCAUACUAGAUGUUGGAUGUGGUGUCGCCAGUUUUGGUGGUUAUCUUUUUGAGAGAAAUGUUCUUGCAAUGUCGUUUGCUCCAAAAGAUGAACAUGAAGCUCAAGUUCAGUUUGCUCUUGAGCGAGGUAUUCCAGCAAUAUCUGCUGUGAUGGGUACUCAACGCUUGCAGUUUCCAGGCAGGGUUUUUGACCUUGUGCACUGUGCCCGCUGCCGUGUCCCAUGGCAUGCAGAUGGUGGCACCCUUCUUUUAGAAUUAAACCGUGUUCUUCGUCCUGGUGGUUAUUUUGUGUGGUCGGCCACACCCGUCUAUCAGAAACUUAAAGAAGAUGCUGAAAUUUGGAAAGCUAUGACUUCUCUGACUAUAUCGAUGUGUUGGGAUCUUGUCACUAUCAAGAAAGACAAACUAAACGGUGUUGCUGCUGCUAUUUACCGCAAACCUGUUUCUAAUGAAUGUUAUGAGAACAGGAAACAUCACAACCCUCCCAUGUGCAAUGAAGAUGAUGAUCCAAAUGCAGCUUGGUACAUUCCCUUGAAGGCCUGCAUGCAUCGGGUGCCUGUUGAUGCAUCCGAACGAGGAUCAAAAUGGCCAGAGCAAUGGCCACGGAGAGCAGCAAGUGCCCCCUAUUGGCUGAACAACUCUCAGGUGGGUGUCUAUGGAAGGCCAGCACCUGAUGAUUUCAGAUCAGAUUAUGAACACUGGAAACGGGUUGUGACAAAGUCAUAUCUCAAUGGUCUUGGUGUUGACUGGUCUAAAGUGAGAAAUGUUAUGGACAUGAGAGCUGUCUAUGGAGGGUUUGCUGCUGCUCUAAAAGAUUUGAAUUUGUGGGUCAUGAAUGUAGUGAACAUUGAUGCUCCUGACACAUUGCCAAUCAUUUAUGAACGCGGUCUCCUCGGUAUUUACCAUGACUGGUGUGAAUCAUUCAGCACAUACCCCAGAACCUAUGACCUCCUGCAUGCUGAUCAUCUAUUUUCACAGUUAAAAGAAAGGUGCAAUAUUGUGCCGGUGAUGGCUGAGAUUGAUCGAAUAGUUAGACCGGGUGGAAAACUUAUUGUUCGUGACGAGACUGGCAUUGCAAGUGAAAUAGAGAAUGUACUGAAAUCUAUGCACUGGGAGAUCCGAUUAACCUUCUCGAAAAAUCAAGAAGGGAUACUUUGCGCGGAGAAAACCGAAUGGCGGCCCGAAAAAUAUGCAGCUUCAUCCUGAUCAGAUGCCUUCAGUAAUGAGAAUCUGGUGAGUUCUUUCUAUAGCAUGGUUUAGUUGUUCCAUAUAAGGAACCCAUUAUUUUUUGUUUCUGG